GAACUUUAGUAACGUUUUGAUCUCCGUUAGAGCUGCAUCAUGAGUUUCAACGACAAAGUAGUUAUUGUGACUGGCGCGAGCUCCGGUAUUGGAGCCGCCAUUGCCGUCGAAUUCUCAGGACUCGGCGCUAAAGUGACUAUUGUUGGAAGAAAUGAAAAAAAUCUUAAUGAAGUCGCGAAAAAAUGCAAAAGUCCUUUACAAAUAGUUGCGGAUGUUACUAACGAAAAUGACCUUAAGAAAAUUGUAAACGAAACAGUCAAACACUUUGGAAAAAUAGAUAUCUUGAUAAACAAUGCUGGGAUGUCGCUACUUUCAAGUAUUUUGGCUGAAAAUGCAAUUGAAAUUUUUGACAAAGUUAUGAACACCAACCUGCGCUCAACUGUGUACCUCACCCAUCUGGCCGCGCCCCACAUCAUCAAAACCAAAGGGAAUAUUAUCAAUAUAUCAAGUAUUUGCGGAUUAGCUGUGCUGGCCAAAGAUCUCUUCGCGUACAACACAUCAAAAGCAGCUAUGGAUCAUUUCACCAGAUCGAUCGCAUCUGAGCUAGCUUCAAGUGGAGUUCGUGUUAACUCUGUGAACCCUGGGCCAGUAAAAACUAAUUUUAUUGAAAAUAUGGGCUUAGCGAAGAAAGAACAAGUAGAUGCUACUUAUGACCAUAUCGCUUUAACGACGGCACUUGGAAGAGUGUCUGGUGCUGAAGAAAUUGCUGAUUUAGUAACAUUUUUAGCGAGUGACAAAGCUAGAGCCAUCACAGGUGCUGUCUUCGUGUCUGAUAAUGGCAGUUUAGUCAAAGUGUAAUACCAAAAUUUUGUACUUUGUUUAAGUUAAAUAUUAAUUUAUUAGACGCGUCGGUGGCUGCACCGUUCUGAAUUUGUAACAAAAGGAUGUGAUCGCAAUGAAUGUGUUUUAAUGAUA